GCGGUGACGUCACACUCCUGUCCCGUUUCUCACUGCUGUGACAGUCGGUGCGGGUUGUGGUACCGGUACAGGAUGGCUGUGUCCCCCGGGCGGGACGUGUUUGCUGAGGGGCUGCUGGAGCUGCUAAAGCCGGCCGUGCAACAGCUCGACUCCCAUGUGCAUGCCGUCAGGGAGAGCCAAGUGGACCUGCGGGAGCACAUUGAUAAUCUCGCCUCAGAGCUGUGUAAAAUCAACGAGGAUCAGAAAGUGGCGCUUGACCUGGAUCCGUAUGUGAAAAAGCUGCUGAAUGCGCGCCGGAGAGUUGUACUUGUGAACAACAUUCUGCAGAAUGCACAGGAACGACUGAGGCGUCUCAAUCACAGCGUUGCCAAGGAGACAGCUCGCAGGAGGGCCAUGUUGGAUUCUGGCAGCCACCACCCUCCUGCUUCUCCCAACAAAUGAGAGGAGGUUUCCUGGAGCUGGGGGUCUUGUCUCUCCUCCCCACUGCAAAUGAGAUGCUGGGACAGUCAUGGAGCUCCGGCCCCUCCCAACGUCGUAUUUUCUGGGGCCGAGACCCAACUCUAAGCCCCCUGUGCGGGACAUUUAGUGCCAACACCCAACCCGUUUAACUGCACUAGGAAUGCUCCAUGCAGCGCAUCGAGUGUCCCUCUAUAAAGCCAUUCCUUCCAGCUCCACCAGCGGAGAUUUCCCUCCCAGCAUUCCUUUCUGCUGGUCGCUGGCCCGGUUCACUUCCCGUGAUCCCUAAAUGUGUUGUAGAGCUUCCGCAGUCACGGAACCGGCCGUGUUCUGGAGCAGGUAUGGUGCUAGCGUGGUCUCUCUGCCGUGACAUGAUGUCCCCCUGCUGUGUCCCCUCAGUAUUUAUUUUGCAAGGAUAACGUUGUGUUAAUGGCGGCUUGUUUGCAUUCAGCUGGAAUGGCACUGCCCGUGUCUCCUUGGUUCCGUAGGAGUCGGGCCUGCCCUCAGAAUCAUCAGAUUAUCAGCCUGAGCUUCAUCCUUUGCCUUGUGAGAUCCGCUCAUAUCUCUUUAUGCUCUGCCUCUGUAUUCCCUGUUUCCUUCUGCACCUCUGUGAUUGUAUCCAAUAAAUAUCAGCAGUGA